AUGCAGCCAAUGAACACAAAGCUGGCAGUAUAUGUUGUCCACUACGAAUGUGCAUGGAUGGGUACUCAAUGUAAAACCACAUAUCCGUUUAAAAUAUCAUAGAAUCUUAAUGCGGUCUGUCUAGGAGAACACGAUCCAUUGGAUGAUAAUAAAUCCAUGAGGUAAAAAUCUGCAAACUUAUUGUGGUUGUCUUGUCCACUGCAAUUUACCUUCCAGCAUAAUUUUGGCUUUACUGGAACAUAGAGGAAUUUUGGUGAAAAUUCUCAAGAGCAUAAAAAAAACCCUGGUCUAGUCUCAAAACAGGCUUUAUCUAGUGGAUAAAGGUUAACUGUCAUCAAAAUCUGGUCAAAUUUUUUUUUGAAAUUCCCUUCUUUUUGCUUUUCACUUAAAGAAAGCAGUUAAGAUUAAUUUGCCACAUACAUUUUACAAAAUAUUCAAAUAUUGAUACAAAAAAAAUUUAGGGGAGCCUCUGCCCUAUGAUUUUUCGGGAAGGCACCCUAUUUUGUUCACAGUAACCUUAAUUCCGCACCGAUAGAGGAAUCUCAUUUUGAUGGUAAUCAGUGUUAAACAGGCAGUAAAUCUCACUGGUUACUGUCUGAAAAGGCCGCAAGCCCUAAACAACAGCGGCCAGAUCCUUGGAUCCAGAACCCAACAAGUUUGCCAUUAGGUUAAUUGGUAUACUUCACACAUUUAGAGUGUGUAAGAGACCAGAAUGUAUAUAAAGUAUUAAUUGUCAUUGGUAAACGUUUGGUAUUAUAAUAGUCAUGGAAAGUGCUCAUUUAGAAUUACGGUCAAGUCGCCGACGGUUCAACUGGCCAACGCCAACUCGCCGACGUAUAAAAUCGAGUACAGACGUCGGCAAGUUGGUCUUUAGUCCAGUACAACUUAUUAGAAGUUAAACAUAUAGAAAAGUAAAAUAUCUUUGGUAAAAAAACAAUUUUGUUUUCUUCCAACAAAGUUUAUAAGGAUCGUAUGGCGAAUAAAGCAAUGUAAACAUUACCAAUGACUAUAAAAGCUUCUGACGCGAACGAGUUAAACAUUACAAGUAAACUGAAAAAGGUCCUUGAUACUAAGGGGGACAGCAUAUUUGACAUGUCUUGCACACAUAUGAUAAUUAGGUUUUUAUCAACUGAAUUGAUAAUGUAAACUGGCCACUGUAAAGAGUUCGUAAUGCUGACAUUUCAAGUUUUACCCCAAAUGUUGAGUGUUUCACUUUGAUGAAAGGCUAAUGAUCAAAAUGUUAGCUUUAGAUUAACCCUCUACCAUGGCCAAUUUACAUUAUCAACUCACUUGAUAAAACCAAAUUAUCUUGUAGUACUCCCACAGAUGCAGCACCAAAGUUUCUUUCAAAAUAAAUGUACCCGUUUCAACACAUAUAUUGUCUGGUUUACUAAAAAUGAUUGUGAAAGUAUGUUUGGUGUCCAACAAGCCAGAGAGAAAUUAAUAUGAAAGCAAUCUUUGCAGAAUGAGCAAUACUUCCCUUACGAAAUUGAUUUUGGAAUUCCUAGGAAUAAGAGGUGUGAAAUUCCCAGAAAUUCCAAGUUUAUAGCCAACAGGACUUGGAAUUCCUAGAAAUUCCAACUCAGAGCACCAAUGACUUUCCCUGAAAAGCUGUAAAUCUAAAAAAAAUUCCUAGGAAUUUCUAGGAAUUUUCAGGAAUUUCAAGGAAUGUUUGAGAAUUACUGGGAAUUUUAAGCAAAAAUUUGAAGCUACUAAUAUAAAAUAAAUACUAAAAAUGAAAAAAUCCCAGCUAAAAUUCAAGUAUUCAAUGAAAUUUAUUUACAAGCUUAAUUAAGGUUUACCGGUACAUGUAAAAUAUUUUUGAUUGUAUAUUGACAUCGACAUGUAGUAAUAUUAGGAUGGAAUUUGAUGUAUUUUUCUUUUCUAGAAAACUUCAGAUGAAUUGAUCCUCAAUUACAGCUAUUCAUGUAAAAUAGUCCUAAUAAAUCAUUAAAUUUGGUUUGACACAAAUUGUGAAUAAAAUCUGCUGAUUUUUUUCCAUAAAAUACAAUAUCUUAAAUCAUAUUUAUUGCAAUAAAUACUGUCUGUCUAAAAAUAGUUUCAAAAUGAAUCAUUUAAUUUUGGAUGAUGAUGCAAAUGGUAUUUAACCCUUUCACUCCCAGAGACCGGCUUUGAUUUGAUUUAUGUGGUUGUAACUUAUUUGGAUAAACUCUUGUGUGUGAACAUUCAAAUUUCCCUCAUUUUUAUAAAAGAAAGAUACCACAUUAGGAAGUUUAAGAGAUACAUAGAUGAUCACCGUGUAUCGUGGAAAACUGAUUUUUUAGGUUAUUGUCCACAUGAAGGACAAAUCCAUUCAUCGGGCUCUUCACAUACUGAUCACGCGUGUUAUCUUGAUGAUGAUUGACGUUGUCAUACACGUACAGGGCCGGGUCACAUGACGAAUCACGAGAUUUUUGCUUAUAAAACUCUUUGGUCAGUUAUUUUGUAUUUCAACGUAAUUGGAUUGCGAUUUCCUGGAGCAUUAUGGCGCAAACGCGCAAAAUACUUACAGACGCAUAUACAAGUCGUAUUAAUCGCGGCUAAUCCACACUGAAAGAUGUUAUUGAGCUGUAAUUUUGGAACGGAUUGAGUCGCGAACACUUGAAAGCCAUAAAAGCCUUGAAUGCCUUGUAUGCUACGUAUGCCAAUUUCUUAGUUGAAAAACGUUCACUUGUUGUAAAAAACAAAAUCUGAAAUCUGGAACCAAACUGCAUAUACUCUAUGCAGUCUAUUGAACAACACUACUACCGUGAGACUGAAGAACAUAAUUAUAAUGGAUGCAAACUGCUUGUGGAGAAAGACGACAUGUUGGAUUCACUUAAUGGCAAGGAACGUAGCUACGAUAACAGUACGAAUGGUAUUAAUUUCACGAUCAGAAAGGUGAAUCUUAUGUUUGUUUUCAUUGCAGUUGUAUGGAUAUUCUUUUUUAAUAAAUAGGUGAUCCAAAACCCUGUGUUCUUUUGUGUAUAAUGUUAUUAUGUUAGAUAUUGUUUACGCAAUUGUCUUGUCACAUGCGGCCCAAGCUCACGUCUCGAGAAAAAGCCAACGAUUAAUUCAUGAACGCGUCACGCGUUGUGUGACUCGGUGUUAAGUUACGAGAGGAACUGUUGGAAAUUUGAACACGUUAGAAGGAAUAGUAUAGGGAACGAAGUAUGGUCGAUUUACAACGAUAAAUAUUUCGAAAUAUGAACAUUUUUCUCGUAAAAUCAAUAAAACUUACUCAUACCCUGUGUAUCCGUUGUGUUUUCUGGCGAUUUCUGUCGUUUUAAGCUUGCUUUACCAUCACUCAGGGUCGGCCAGGGGGGGGUAGUGGAAUACCAAUAUACCCGAAAAAAAAUCGACAAAAUACCCCAAAAUACCCCAAAUUCCUCCAAAUAUACCCAAAAAUUAUCGAAGCUUUGAAUACUUUAUACCCGAAAUUAGAACAAACAAAGGCUUUCUUUGAAUACUGACCUUUCUUAAAUUUUUCGAAUUUGAUCUGCUGAAAGUCAUGGCGAUCAACUUCAGCUGAAGAAUCGGCCUUCAGUCGCUUGAAAAGUUCUCCGUCCAGCUUCUUUCGUUCACUUUUCGGUCUUCCGCGUUUUGUAGCUCUCCGAGAAACAUACUGUGAGUAAAGAAAAUUAAAUUGAGGUAUCUUUUUACAGAAACAUUAUUUUAAGUUUUCCAGCGGUCCGCUAUCCAAAAUCUGUUAAAGCAUAGGUAGAAUGUACAGUAUAUUUAAUGGAUUCACGCGAUCCACACAAUGUCCAGUGGCGGCCGUCAAAAUUUUCCCCAUACGCUAGUUGGACCGCUUUGUACUGGCUUAUAAGCAACGCUUGAAUAGUCACACCUUCGCUUGUUUAAAAAAAAAAAUUCACUCAUAAGUUUAAACAACUGUUCAGCAAGGGAAAAUAUAGAUUCGCUACAAUGUUUCCUUGGUUAGGGUUAGGGUUACUAAUUACUAAUUGAGGCGACUUCAAAAAAAUUGGGCGGGGACGAAAAAUUUUUUUUUACUUGGCUUAAUUACAUCUUUAACGUUGGAUUGUCAAAUUGAAAUCUUCUUCUUUCAGUACCUAAAUCAACAAAGCUUGACCGUCUAGUUUACUAUUGUAUCACACUACUGUUAACUUAAAUUUAAUAAAGAAUGAGUAGAACAUAAACCACAUUUUCUGUAAAGUACAUGAGCCAUCCUAACUUAAUUUACCAACUGCUUUCCAGGAAUCAUCUGUAAAAAACCGCUUCAAUUUUUCAAAUUUGAAAAUUUUUAGUUAAAACCGUGGCUCCCAAAAAUAUUUCUCACCUUGCCUAAAAAAUUUUCAAAAGAAAUUUUCAAAAGAAAUUUUCAAAAUUUUCACAACUUUACCUAUUCCUGCUCGUAAGUCCAGCCAAGCCCAUAUGGUCAUUGGCCCCCGCAGUAGCCGCUCACAAUAGCUUAUAAAUGUAGGCGUCUAGUCGUAACUUGUAAAACUCCCUGAAGAAGUUUACGACAGUCAGACGAAACGCGUCAGAGAAUAAAGAAGUUUUACAAUUGCCGUUCGCACAGCGCUGCUCACUAGUUUAGUCUUAAAUUUUUUGAAAAUUUUUUUUUUUAAAAAAUUGUUUAAAAAUUAUUAAAACAUUAUUGAAAAAAAAAAUUGUUAAACGUUUGAGUCGGAGCUAUUCCUGUCAGCGGUGAAAUACAGGAAUGGCUCCAGUCUCUGGUCGUCCGCCUGAACUGGCUAAAUGAGUUUAGUCAGCAGAGCUAGUCAGCAGAUGACUUUUGCAUCGCCGGAAUAUCGCUGAACGACUUCGAUGAACAAGAAAGGCUGCCUUCCCUUCGCUAGGUAAGUAACCAUUUCUUGUUUGACACAUCGGUGUUUUCACUCUCAUUGAUAUUUCAUUGUUCCGCUUUGAUACACGCGGUUAACAAUACUCACGAGCAAGGAGUUAAAAUAUAACUUAUUAACUUUUACCAUUUUUAUCAUUCAAUCAAAGGUCGGAGCCAUUCCUGUAUUUAGUCGCUUGUGUCCCUUCUUUUAACUCCACGGCGCUAUCGAUUUUCUUUUCAUUUACAUCACUCACGCCGUUCUCGUUUUCCCAUUGAACCACAAUAAAACCUGUACCUAAAUCAACAAAUACCGCCAUCUCGAUGACUCAGUCUGUCGUUUCCACUAAACUUAAAGCAGUGGUGCCAACAGAGGAGAGUGCGUCCCAUAAAGGAGAAACAUUUGUUCAAGAGACAGAAGCAACUAUAUGCGAUUACAGAGGUGCGUUGGAACUCUGGUCCACAAAUGGUUAUUCACUGUCCGAGGUAUAAAACAAUUUUGUUGAUAGCUGACAGACAGAGAAGAACAGCAAGUAAACUUUAGAGCUGUUAUUAUUGAAGUAUGACUUGCACUUUUCAUUUGUAUACAAAGAAGGACUUGUAUUUCGCACCAAAAAUAAAAAGAAGUAAUAUUUUUGAGAGAUUCAGUGAUUGGGACAUUUAAGAAAUUAAAUUAUGAAAGGAAACUCAGUUUGUGCUUCUCACUAUUAACAAGUCUUGUUUUAAAAAUAUUUUCAGACCAGAGUUUCAAAUAAAGUAAACUGACGAAGUAAUUUAAAAGGUGUUUUUUUUCUCAAAGGGAACAGUGACUACCUCUGUCUUGUUUGCAUGCCAAAUGUUUGUGAAGUGUGCAGAUGAUCCACAAGUAUUUGAACUCUUACAAAAAUGUUUUGUAAGAAUAAAAACAGCAAAACAAAUUACAGCAAUCAGUCACAAAAGCUGAGCUAAAACACUGAAAAUAAAAAAACAGCAACAAAAAUCAUGAAAAAAGAAAGAUUAAUUAGGUGUUGAAUUUGUUUAUCUAAGGCAUGAAAUUUCUACUGAAAAUAAUGUGAACAGGAAGUCUCUGACAGUGUGUGAGGCAACUGAGCUUGACUGUUCCAAGGUUUUCUAACAAAGGCAACCAGUCAUGUAGAUUAGGGAAGUAACUUAUGUUCAUAACUAACAAAGUUCUUUAAGUGUAAACAACAAUGUAAUUAUUGUUACACAUGAGGAAGUUGUGUACCAAGGAAUAGCUGAUGAAUGUGUAUGAUUUUGGCACAUCUGUGAAUAUGAGACAUUUUGCACCACAAUAAAAACUUUUGUGAUCAUGGACUCCAAGAGUCCUUUGAGGUUAGAAAGCAAAUCUGUGAUAUGAGUACAUUGGAUUAAUUGGCAAUUUACAUUUAACAUAAUUGACUGCUGCUUCGUGAGAAAAUCCAUAUUAAUGUAGAGAUAUACUAAAACUUAUUUUGAAUAAUAAAUUUUAUGAUCUUUAAGUUAUAAACAAAUGUAUAUCUCUUGGUAAAUUUUGUAUAGCGUACCUUUUCUUAAAACCUUCACAAGGUAUUUUCUUGGAAUUAAUUUGGACCUCAGGGUAUUUAAAUUACCUCAAAUUCAAUUCCCAGAAACUCCUAAGAGUUCCACCUUUCUUAAAUUAUAGGUAGUUUGUAUAACUGAGAAUUCCUAGGAAUUCCUAUGAAUUCCAAGUCCUUACAAAACUGGAGUCUUCCUUUCCCAGAAAUUCCCAGUAAUUCCAAGCUUUUCAAAUCAGAGCUUAUUUGCAUAGUUGGGAAUUUUUGAGAAUUCCUAGGAAUUCCCAAAAAACUGGGAAUUCGGUUCGCAAGGAUUAAACAGUAGUGAAAGUAAGGCCUGAAAAAAUUGAAAGAAAUUCCCAGUAAUUCCAAGCUUUUCAAAUCAGAGCUUAUUUGCAUAGUUGGGAAUUUUUGAGAAUUCCUUGGAAUUCCUAGUUAAACAUCUUUAUUUAUCUACCUUUGAGGGAUAUUUUCCAUUUCUUUCCUUAUAAAUCGAUAUCAAAGACUUGUAAUGUUUGGCUAUUUUCUAUUAGAUGACGUUUCGUAGAAACUUCACCAACUUGAAAUUGAAGGAUAAAACAUUUCAACGAUACUAUCUGCAUUCACCGAAUCAAGUUUCUAUCGAAAUACAGUUGUUAAUUCGCUCAGAAAUUUCUAUUAAAGACUUCCGCUAUUAA